UUUCAUUUCCCGGGUGGGAUUAGUUCACUUCGGUCCUGUUUUGGUUCUGUGCUGAAGCCCUAACGCGGCGCUGCCGCACUCACACUCUGAAAUUUCACCGAAUCAAGUCCUGCUGUUGCUGUUGCAGAGGAUAUAUAAUUCUGGUUUUCUUACCCUCGGGACCAUCUGCCAGGUGCAGAGACUUGACAAGUCCCCGUCCGUACCUUCACCAUACCAACAUGAAGUCAGAGAGGGUGGACAUCAUUUUUCAGGCUCUCCUCUUAAUCCACAUCCCCGUGGCCUAUCUCUUCACUGCAGUGUCAGGUCAGUCUGACAGCAGCAGCAGCAGUGUGGUGGUGGCAGGCUAUAACGUGAGCGCCCCCGCCGGGUCAAGGGUGGUGCUGCAGUGUGUGAGCGGACGCAUGGUGUGGACAAGGGACAGGGUGAGGGACAGGCAGAGGGUGGUCCACUGGGACAUGUACCGGGCCCGUCCAGACUACACCAUGGAGAGGGUGCUGGACAUGUUCUCUGCAGGGGACCAGAGGAUCUACAACUCCUACAACCUGGGCAGAGUUGGACUCAGCCCAACAGCCUUCAGUGAUGGAAACUUCUCCCUGGUCAUCAAAGACGUGACGAUGAACGACAGAGGUCUGUACUCUUGCAACCUCCACCAUCUCUACUGCCACCUGUACGAGAUGGUCAGAGUGCAGCUCAAUGUCACUAAAUCGCGUCGCAAAGAGCAGCGCUUCUGGGAUGGACAAAAGGCAGUGUAUGUGGUGUUGCUUGGUAGUACCGUGGUGUUGCCGUGCAUCAAUCGGCGUAGCGUGUGGACAGACUGGAGCAACGAGGAGGAGGACCAGCAGGUGGUCCACUGGGACCGUCAGUCCCCAGGAGUCCACCACGACCGCGCUGACCGUCUGGUGGACCUGUACGCCUCUGGGGAGCAGCGUAGCUAUGGACCGCUGUUCCUACAGAGGAAGAUGAACAUCAGCAAUCAAGCCUUCUCAGAGGGAGACUUUUCACUUUCCAUAUCUGAUCUGCAGCCCACAGACAAGGGGAUGUAUUCCUGCCACCUCCACCACCAUUACUGUGGUCUGCAUGAGAGAAGAGAGUUUCAGGUCACAGUGGAAGCACCAGUGAUUCAGACCACCCUGCCAGCCAAAGCACUGCCUAGUGAAGACAGGGGUAACACACACACAUACACACACACAUUGUGCUUUCCCAUUAGUGAGUCAGUGUGA